CAAGCCUGUUGACCGAGUGUGCUUCGUUGUGUUGUACAAUUUAUUUGCAUUGAUAAUUUAUUGUUGCUCCUAACUCUCUGGAAUAUGUAGGCUAACAAGGAGUAGCAGGAUUUAGAGGAGGUUAAGGUGAGACUGUAUAUAGCUCUAGUUGAUAAGACAAAGCGCUGGUUAAAACUAUUGAUGCAACCGGGAUUCAGUCUGGUUAUGGAUGUUUUUAAAUUGGAUUUAACUAGAGUUUAUGUGACUGUUCGGUUUUCAUAAAAACUACAGACUGUCUCUAAUGGAUGAAGGCACUUCUCAGCUGUAACUAGACCGAGCAACUGCUUCCACACUACAGAACCAACCAGCCAGGCAGGCAGCGUGGGGAGAGAUAGGCGGAGGAGGAUCAUCUCUUUGGGAGGCUUUCACAGAUGGUGUCCCUUGCUCCCUGUAGUGAGAUGGAGACAGAACCCUGCCCUGGAGAGCAAGAGAAGUGGGUGGUGGAGACCAAUGAGCCAGGCUUGAAGGAGGCCUACACAGGCCCUGGUGACAAUGACAGUCAGGAGGAGAAGGAACUGUCCCAUGGGCCUCAGCAGGAAGACAAGGAGCCCCAUGGUGAGGGAGACCCCAGGAUAGACAGCCAGGGUGGAGGGAAGGAGGGCACUACGUUAAACCCACUCCCUAUAUCUGAGAUGACAGAGACCCCCUGUGUGGAAGAGAGGAAGCUGAAGACUCCCAGUUUUGCGAAGACAGUGCGGUUCAGUGAGACAGAGUCUGUGGAGGACAGAGAGAAGUCAGAGGAGAGUCUCUUCCCAGACCAUGAGAUGGUGCAGUGGACCUCCUCCAGCUUCGAGGAGCUGUUCCUGGCUGAGGACUGGGAGAACAUCACAGAUGAUCAGCUGUUGAGGAAGAAGGUGCUGGUACCUGGCCCCCAGCAAGCUGAGCACCCAGCCUGGGGUCAGGAGGUCACAGUCAAAAUGCAGGGAGUGCUGGAGGACAGGACUGUGGUGGAGAAGGACCCUAAAUUGGUGUUCGUCAUCGGAGAGGGAGAUGUAAACCAGGCCCUGGAGGAGUGUGCCAUAGCCAUGCAGCAGGACGAGAUCGCAUUACUGCUGGCAGAUUCACAGUACACCUAUGGACUUCUGGGAAGGGAGCCUGAUAUUCCAGCAUGGGCUCCCUUACUCUACCAGCUGCAGCUUCUGGACAUCAGAGAGAAGCCCGACCCUCUGAUUCUCCCAAUCUCGGACCGUAUGCGCAUCGGAAACCAGAAACGAGAGCGGGGGAACUUCCACUUCCAGAGGGAGGAGUACAGCAUGGCUGCCAGGGCCUACUGGAUGGCUCUGGAGGUCCUUACUACACGCACUAGAGAUGGUAGAAGUGAUGUGCUGUUGGAGGGGGAGGAGGAGGAGGUGCAGGACUACCGGGUGAAGUGUCUGAACAACCUGGCAGUGGCUCAGCUGAAAUUGGAGCAGUACGAUGACGCACUACACACCAGCCGGGAUGUUCUGUCCCUGGAUCCACAAAACGUCAAAGCCCUCUUCAGGACAGGAAAGCUUCUGUCAGACAAGAGCGAGUACCAGGAGGCAAUGGAGAUACUGAAGAAGGCCCUGAAACUGGAGCCGUCCACUAAGGCCAUCCAUGUUGAGUUGUCCAAGCUAGUGAAAAGGCAAUCAGGAGGCAAAGAUACCCAGAAGUGGCAAGCCAAACCUGCCCGGCUCCUUGGAGACAAUAUUGCUCCUUUUCUGACUCCUUCUAAAAAGAAGCCACCUGGAAUUUCAUGGACGUUCCUGCUUGGUGCUCUGGUGGUGGCCUUGGGCAGUUUAGUGACGUCAGUGGUUCUCACUGCAAGAAACUGACGUCCUCUACAAAGGAACUGUCCUCUAGCUCAUGAAUACUAAACUGAGUUGUCUACUGUGAAUAAAAUGAAAUAAAGAUUGCACUGAACGAUGGAAAAACCUGUAUCAAUGUUCACUGACAUAUUGUAGCAGCACCGACAUUUACACCACAGAUUGUAUUUAUUUGAGCGUAACAGAGUAAACUAAUGGCACUUCUUCCAAAGAAUAUAUAUUUAUUUUUUUACAAAACAAUGACCACAAAAUAGCUUUGUGAUGUAAUCGUAUAGUACAGUUAUUAGCUGAUAUAUGUCCCCAAAUCCAUAGAAAAAUGCCCAAAUCCCCAAACUCAUUCUGGAAUAGUCAAUUGGUCAAUGUUCAAUGUUCCUCAACAAAAGAUUGAGGAGAGCAGUAUUCUCGUGUUACAGCUUUUAAAUGUCUUGUAUGAUUGAGGGGUUUCUGUAAUAACAGGUUAUGUGUCCCAGUUCAUUUUAUCUAUGUCAAUGGAAAAUCUAAUAAAAAUUGUAGGCCUACUGUCCGUUGAUACAGAAACAACAUCAAUAA